UCUACUCUAAACAACUGGUCAAAUUCUGACAGCAAACGACAAAUCCACUCCAUUACGCGUUACCAUAUAUAAACACCAUCCUCAAAUCUCUCUUCACAUUAUAUUCUCUCUCACUCUCUUUCUUCAGGUUUACUUUAAUUAUAUAUGGAGCAGUUGAUUCAAGGUCUCCCAGACGACAUCGCCCUUGAAUGUCUGAUUCGUCUCCCAUACAACCACCUCUCCACCGCUUCACUGGUCUCCCCUCCCUGGAAGCUGCAUCUUCAACUUCCCCUUUUUCUCCGCCACCGGAAAACCGCCGGUUUCACUACCAACGUCAUCGUAAUGGCUCAAUCACCACCCCAAACCAACACCGGAAAGGCCAUUCCUCUGGCUAAUUCUUAUCGGCUCACGCUUUUUGACCCAGAUUCUGGGAGUUGGUCCGAGUUGCCAUCGCUUCCCGGGAUGAACCGUGGGUUGCCCCUGUAUUGCGGGCUGGUCGGAGUAGGGUCGGAUCUGGUGGUGAUUGGCGGUUACGAUCUUGAGACGUGGAAGUCGUUGAAUGCGGUGUUUAUUUACAAUGUCGUUUCGGCCACGUGGAGGCGUGGCGCCAAUAUCCCAGGUGUACGACGGUCGUUCUUCGGCUGUGUUUCGGAUUCGGAUCGGAUGGUUCUGGUUGCAGGUGGGCACGAUGGUGACAAGAAUGCGCUGAGAUCUUCGCUGGCAUAUGACGUGGCAAAAGACGAGUGGCUUCCGCUACCUGACAUGUCAAUGGAGCGCGACGGGUGCAAAGUGGUGUUCCAGCAUGAAAAGUUCCAUGUCAUUGGCGGAUACCGGACAAAGACGCUAGGUCGAUUUGAGAGAAGCGCUGAAGCCUUUGAUGUUGCCAGCUGGCAGUGGGAACAUAUAAAGGAGGAUCUCUUGGAGACAAGCACGUGUUCAAGAACAUGUGUGGUGGGAGACGAUGGGAAGCUUUACAUGUGCAGAGAAGGUGACUUGGUGCCAUGGUUCAAAGUCGCGGUAUUGGUCAUUGACUCGAAAGGGCCCGAGGCGUAUUGGUCUCAAUGUAUCGGUUUGGUAUCGGACGAUACGUAAAAUAAGUUAAUUAGAAAAUUCAAAAAAUUAUAAAAAUAUUAUGUAAGUCAUCAGAAAAAUACAUACAAUUAAAUAAGCUCAAAAAAUUAGUAAAAUAAA